AUGGCCGAUGUCGACCACGAGGUCGUGAUCGCCGCCGAUUAUUUGAGCACUGCUUCCUCGACCACUAGUCUCAGUAGCUCCAUCCUCCAACACCGACUCGAAAACGGAAGAACCUACCACCGAUACAAAGACGGAAACUUUCAACACGACAUCUUCGUCUACACUGUUGAUGACAGACUUGGCCUGGCCCCGCCAUGCAAUGAGGACGCCAAGGUUGGCCGGGUUCUCGACGUUGGAACCGGUACCGGCAGUUGGGCCAUUGACUUUGGUGACCUACACCCCGAGGCUGAGGUCAUAGGCGUUGACCUCUCGCCUGUCCGAGCAGAUUUCGUGCCUCCUAACGUGCGAUUUGAGGUUGACGAUGUUGAUGAAGAGUGGACAUACUCGCUUCCAUUCGAAUAUAUCCACAGCCGCUUCAUGACGGCAAGCAUUGGCAACUGGAAAGAGUAUAUCAAGAAAUGUUUUGACAACCUCACUCCCGGUGGAUAUCUUGAGCUCCAGGACGCUGAUAUCAUGCCACGAUCUGACGAUAACCUCCUGCCCAAAGACGCCCCUAUCAUUCAGUUCGCCAAUCUGCUCAAAGAGGUCUCUGCAAAGCUUGGCCGCGAGUAUGUUGAGGUGGCGUCGCUAAAGAACGUGAUGAUUGAGGCUGGUUUCAUUGACGUCGAGAUGCGGAUGUACAAGUGGCCUCAUAAUGAAUGGCCGAAAGAUUCGAGGUACAACAGCGCCCCGUUUGAUCUGCUCUCUUAUCAUCAUUUAUCCCGGCCGGACGUGUCUCGUACUAAACUCGGAUUCUGGACCCAGGAGAACUUCGGCUCUGCCCUCGAGGCCAUCUGCAUGGCGCCGCUUACUCGUGUUCUUGGAUGGACCCGUGACGAGGUCAACAUCUUCCUCAUUGACGUUCGCAAGGAUCUGAAGAACAAGAGUUACCAUGCCUACUGUCCUGUCUACUGUAUCGUCGGGCGCAAGCCCGAGAAGUAA